UUGAAACGUCUAAACGCGGAAGCUGGAAGUACAUGCGCUUUGCUUUGUUGUCAAACAAAACUCCUCCCCUGAAAGUACAAACUGUGAAGCAAGUAAUGUGAAGUCAGGUAUGACGGUGGUGAAUUUAUCAUUUUCUGGAGCUGGGUUUUUAGGAGCAUAUCAUUUCGGAGUAGUAGGCGCGUUACUGAGACACGGAGAUAAGCUGCUGUCCUCUUUAAAAGCCUGCGCUGGAGCUUCAGCUGGUUCUUUAGCGGCCACUAUAAUGAUCACUGCUCCUGAUAAACUACAGCAUUGUAAGGAAUUCACCUACAGGUUUGCCAGUAAUGUGAGAAGUCAGAGGUUUGGAGCUGUGACGCCAGGAUAUGACUUCAUGCUUGAACUGAGGGAGGGCAUCGAAGAGAUUCUCCCACCCAAUGCCCACCAGUUAGCCAAUGAACGCCUCCAUAUUUCAAUAACACACUCAAAGACCUACAAGAACAGAAUGGUGUCCAGCUUCACCUCAAGGGAAGAUCUCAUUAAGGUGCUCUUGGCCAGCUGCUUUCUGCCUGUCUACGCUGGAAUGAAGCCAGUGGAGUUCCAAGGGCAGAAAUGGAUAGAUGGCGGAAUCUCAGACUGUCUUCCCAUUCUUCCUGUUGGGCGCACAAUAACAGUGUCACCAUUUAGCGGCCCUCAGGAUAUUUCCCCAACACAUAAGGGCAUAAGUAAGCUUCACUUCAGAUUGGCCAACAUGAGAGUUGUGCUCUCAAAGGACAACAUUAUAAGGCUGAACCAGGCCCUGUUUCCUCCCUCAUUACCCAGGCUCAAGGCACUGGACCAAGAGGGGUACCAGGAUGCUGUUCACUUUUUAAAGAAAGAUGGAUGGCUGCAAUAACUGAUUUUCUCAUUUCUAGAUCUUUCAACACAUUCAAUGUCUAAAAUGUAGCAUAUUGACACCAAUUUUUGACAAUUUUCCUCAUAGCAGUUCAUUUGUGGCAUGCAAUAUUAUGUUCAGUGUAAUAAUCAACUUUCAUUCUCAAGAUGAAAAACACAGUAAAAUGCAUCAUGUAUUUCAGGAGGCUGAAUGAUCAUAAAAAGUCAUUUUCUAUUGCACAGCUUGCAAUGACAACUACUGCUCUCGGUAAAGAACCACAAGGGCACUUAAAACACAGUGUUCUUUAAGAAUUACUCAAUGAAGUUUUUAAAUAUUUCUGAAACUCCUUUUGUUGGAAUCUGUUCAUAAUGGCUUUUAAAACCUCAGUCAAUCCCAAGACUAACAAGUCACCCUUUUGCCUUCACUUGCUGCACAUAUCAAUGCAGCUUUUUUGUAGGUCCUUGAGGACAACCAUGGAGAACAAGCCUUUGAAGUAAAGCCACAGGAGAGGUUGUUUGAACUCCAUGAGUCUCCUCACCUCUCAGAACUAUCGGUUUACUUGCACUUGAUUCCACAAGAGUGUUAUGAUCAUUUUUCUGUCUGUGAGAAUAACGGCUCCCUGGGGAAGGUUUGGGGAUUAGCAAAGGCUUGUGGGUAUUUGUGAUCUGGUGGCAGAGAGAAACAGAGAGCUGGCACACACACCCUACUGCAUAAACUGCUCAUGCGAGUUAUCAAAUCAUAUGGAAUAAACAGUAAAUUUGUGCAAUUAAAUAGCAAUUUUAUUGACUUAUUGAUUUAGAGCAGUUAGAGUUGUCAAAAGAAAAAGAUAAGAACUGCUUAUGUGAAAAUACAUCAGCUGUAAUUGGUCUGCAUUAGAAGCAAGAGGAAUGUUAUAAGCUGAGCACCAUUAGCUUGAUAAAAAUGGAUUAUUCAGUGUAUAGCUCCGUGGCAGCAUGGGACAUUACAGCAGGCAAAUCUUAUGAAAAAUCACAGAAACAGUCUCAUAUCUCAUAUGUGAUGUCAUGUUCAACGAUUUAAACAGAUAUACAGUAAGAAUAUUUUUUUUAAUAAACGCAAAGUUCAUUAGACCCCCAUAUAUUAUGCCUUCAGUUCUGAACCAGCAUUUUUGAACUAAUCAAUAGAGUGAAUGAUUGUUUAAAUGAAAGUAUUAUUUAAAUGAAUGUAAAAUUAAAGUUAUAUUAAAUAAUGUGGAAUUGCAUUGCA